UUGGCAGGAGUAUGUCAGUAGCAGCAGCACUAGGAGGAGGGAGGGAGGGGGAGUGAGCCGGCACCUCUCCCACUCAGGCAUAUUGGGAGAUCAGGACAGUGCUGUGGCGCUCACACAUGCGUGUCCUUUGAUUGCACAGCGCCCGACCGCUGCAGGGGAAGAACAUCCCACGCAGGGACAAAAAAGGGCAAUGAUCCCUGUAUAAUCCAAACGGAGGCCUAGUUGCUGAGGAACACUUGACAACUCACCAUGACGGCUACCACCGAGGAGCUAGUGUUAAUGGAGGAUGAUACUUCGCUGAACCCCCUCUGCUUCGAGUGUGGUCAGCAGCACUGGACAAGAGAGAACCACCUGUACAACUACCAGAAUGAAGUGGACGAUGACCUGGUUUGCCACAUUUGCCUUCAGCCUCUACUGCAGCCGCUGGAUACCCCCUGCGGCCACACCUUCUGCUUCAAGUGCCUCAGAAACUUCUUACAAGAGAAGGACUUUUGCCCGCUGGACCGGAAAAGACUGCACUUUAAGUUGUGCAAGAAAUCCAGUAUCCUUGUGCAUAAAUUGCUGGAUAAACUGGUGGUUUCCUGCCCAUACUCUGCUGCUUGCAAAGAGACCAUGCAACGGUGUGACAUGGAAGCUCACCUUAAAAACAGGUGUCCUGGGGCAUCUCACCGGAGGGAGCUACUGAACCAGCACAGGGCCAGCAAACUGCAGAUCGAAAUCGAAGGUGAGAACGGAUCAGUACUGAUCGAUCACCAGGGACCUGUGUCGCCAGAAUCCGACAAAACUAGGAGUGGAUCGGCGCUGCCGGAGAGGAACGUGACGCCAUCUGUGAUGCCUGCAUGGAUGGAGGAGCACGGAUUUGAUAACCCAGCCUUUGAGGAAAGCACAGUAGCUGACGCUACACAUCCGCCUCCCAGCUUGCCCGAAGGGGAAAUCACGACCAUUGAAAUCCAUCGCUCCAACCCUUACAUUGAGCUGGGAAUCAGCAUUGUGGGAGGGAACGAGACGCCCCUAAUAAAUGUCGUGAUCCAAGAGAUUUAUCGGGACGGCGUUAUUGCCAGGGAUGGGAGGCUUCUUGCCGGCGACCAGAUACUUCAAGUGAAUAACUUUGAUAUCAGCAAUGUGUCGCAUAACUAUGCCCGAUGGGUGCUGUCCCAGCCUUGCACUGUGCUGCAUCUCACUGUGCUGCGAGAGCGGCGGUUUGGCAGCCGAGCCCAUGGGCACGGGGAUGGCGGCUCUCAGAGAGAUGAGAGUUUUCAUAUCACCCUCAACAAACGAGGUUCCAACGAACAGCUCGGCAUUAAGCUUGUGCGCAGAACUGACGAAUCGGGUGUUUUUAUACUGGAUUUGUUGGAAGGAGGGCUGGCGGCACAGGAUGGCAGGCUGCACAGCAACGAUAGAGUGCUCGCCAUCAAUGGCCUUGACCUAAAGCAUGGGACUCCAGAACUCGCAGCCCAGAUUAUCCAGGGCAGUGGGGAGCGUGUGAAUUUAACUGUAUCUCGACCUGGGAAGCACCAACCUGGGAAUAUAACCAGAGACCUGGGGAUGAACCAGCCCCACCAUCACACACAGCAAGUGUAUCACCACCGGCCCAGCGCACAUAAGGAUCUGGCACAAUGUGUUAAAUGCCAAGAAAAGCAUAUUACGGUGAAGAAAGAGCCCCAGGAAUCACUGGGCAUGACGGUGGCAGGGGGAAGAGGCAGCAAAAGCGGAGAGCUGCCAAUCUUUGUGACGAGCGUCCAACCCCACGGGUGUCUUGCAAGGGACAGCAGAAUCAAGCGAGGGGAUGUGCUGCUGAGUAUCAAUGGCAUUGAUCUGACCAACCUCAGUCACAGCGAAGCAGUGGCCAUGCUGAAAGCCAGCGCUACCUCCUCAGUGGUCUCUCUGAAAGCCAUCGAGGUGGAGGUGAUUGAGGAGCAGACACCAGGCAAAGAGGAAAUGAGCACCGUUAGUGAGAAUGAAUAUGAUGCCAGUUGGUCUCCAUCAUGGGUAAUGUGGCUGGGCCUCCCCAGUUGCCUGCAUAGCUGCCAUGAUGUUGUUCUGCGGAGGAGCAGCCUGGGGAGCUGGGGCUUUAGUAUUGUCGGGGGUUACGAGGAGAAUCACACAAACCAGCCUUUCUUCAUUAAGACAAUUGUGCUCGGGACUCCUGCUUAUUACGAUGGCCGAUUGAAGUGCGGGGAUAUGAUUAUUGCCGUAAAUGCACUCUCGACUGUCGGAAUGAGCCAUUCUGCCCUGGUACCGAUGCUUAAGGAGCAACGGAACAAAGUAACUCUCAGCGUCAUCUCUUGGCCUGGCAGUCUUGUUUGAACCGUCAGAUUUCAUGAGUGAAUUCUCGUGCUCUGUGAUAGCUGGUUAAAAGCUGGGCCAAAUCUCUGCCAAUCAGUUUGUGAUUACUUUUGCAAGAAUCAAUUUGUCCUUGAUUGACUUGCUUAUACUGAGCUAAUAAAACAACUUUUUUCUACAAAUCAGCUACAUGACAUGUCUCAAGCAGGAGGGCCGGCUGUCACGCCUCAAGCCCGGCCAGUUAUUCCUCAUCCCAGUAACGACUUCAGCCUGCUCUUUGUUAACCCUGGGUGUAGUCACCCCAACUUUGGACAUAGUCACCAUUUUCUUGCUCUCUUUUAUCUCUGGGUCUAGUUACUAUGUUCGCUUGCUCUUAACUCUGCCCAUAGUCACCAUUUUCUUGCUCUCUUUUAACUCUGGGUCUAGUUACUAUGUUCGCUUGCUCUUAACUCUGCCCAUAGUCACCAUUUCCUUGCUCUCUUUUAACUCUGGGUCUAGUUACUAUGUUCGCUUGCUCUUAACUCUGCCCAUAGUCACCAUUUUCUUGCUCUCUUUUAUCUCUGGGUCUAGUUACUAUGUUCGCUUGCUCUUAACUCUGCCCAUAGUCACCAUUUUCUUGCUCUCUUUUAUCUCUGGGUCUAGUUACUAUGUUCGCUUGCUCUUAACUCUGCCCAUAGUCACCAUUUCCUUGCUUUAACUUUAGGCCCAAUCGCCAUUUUAUUGCUCUUUGUAAACCUUGGUCCUAGUGAUCAUCAUUGCUUGUUUUGGGUCUAGUCACCAUGUUGUUGCUCUUUUUUAACUUUGGUCACGUUUGCUUGCUUUGGCUCUAGUCCCCACUUUCCUCGCUUUGUUAUCUUUAGGCAUAGUCGCCAUUUGCUUGUACUUUUGCCAACUUUGGUCCUAGUCGCUCUCUUAGCUUCCUCUUUGGUAACUUUGGGCCUCAUCACAAUGUUGCUUUCUAUUUGUUAAAUUUGGACCUAGCCACCCUUUUCCUAGAUACCUUCAGGCCCCAAUCACCCUUUUCACUUGCACUUGUUAAUUUUGGCCAUAGACACCAUUUUCAUAUUCUCUGUUACCUUUGUGACUUAUCGUAUCCCCCUUUAUUGUAAUUUGAUCAUUUGGCCCACCCAUCGCCCUCCCAGGGUAGAUUUCUUGCUCGUUACCUUUGAUCCUAUUCACUCUUUUUGCUUGCUCUUCAUUAACUCUGGGUCCAGUCACCAUCUUACUGUCUCUUUGUUAACUUUGGGCCUAGUCACCCUUUCUUCAUACUCCUAGACAACUUUAGGGCUAAUCAAUAUUUUUGCUUUUUACUGUGUUGACAAAAACAUCGUUAUUAAAUUGUACCUGGUACCUUAUAUCACCCCAGCUCCUUUACAAAUUAGUCCUGCCAGUCAUUGUCUUUAAAGCCAUAUUUAUGUAUGUCUGUGCCAAUGCAGAAAGUUCUCAGCCGGCCCCUGAAUUCCUUUCAUUUCAGAAUUAUUACAGAGACUUCAGUUUUUCAGCUUUCUACAUUGUAAAUCUGAGACUCUUCUUGGCUCCAUGUGUCCAAAUAAUGUGCUGCUACUGGACGGUUAUUGGUUUACCUCGCAGGAACUUUGCCAGUAACAGAUGUCCUUAGAAAUAAUAUCAAACCAUCUGCUUGUGUCGCUUAGCAAUCUGAGCAUUAUACCUGGGUCCAAAGCCAACUCUUAACAAAUGGGUUUUGUACUGUGCAAUAAUUGCUUUCUCUUUGUUGGUCAGAAAAUAAUUUCAUACUCGGCGUGGAUUGUACAAAGGAGAGGAAUGUGCCACCUGCGCCUUCGCGGGUUUAUCUUCCCGAUGAAUGUUUUUUUGUUUGUAUGAACAACUUUUGAUAUUUUUACUGCAAUAUUUCUAUGAAAUUGUGCUACGUGCUUGUGACCUUUCUUACUGAGCAGGUAGUGGAAGUGCUUGGCUGGGUGAGCUGUGAAGUCACGUCGAGUUUUCGCACUCUGAUCGGACGCUCGUGAUAAUCACCAUGUGCAUGAAAUGAAAGGGUCUCGUGCCCGAUACAUUUCUUCUCUCAACCUGAAUGUCCCAACAAUCAACUCCUGAUUUCCAGACCGGCUUUGCAAUACCUAUGGAAACAGAACCUUUUUGAGUAUUAAAGGAAAAAAAAAACUUCAUAUUUAUUCUCCGGAUACUUGUGGGUCAUUUAUUUAAGCAUGGAUAUUUGUUGUGAUGACAAAUGGAAGAUUUACAUUUUGUGUUUCACAAAAAAAAUGCUUAAAUAAAGUUUUAAAGUGGUUAUUAGAAA